GUGUGAAUGUCAAUAUACUCCUAAUCAUAUAUUUUCUUUCAACAGUAAAGUACAUGUAAAAUAACAAUCAUGGUCACUAUUUACAAAUCGGAAUUUCUUUGUCUAUCUAGUGUCAAACUUGUCAAUUUACAUUCCUCUGCAAUGUUGAGUGCUCAUGUAAAGACUUAAGUGCGCUAGGUUUUCCCUUGUUUACAACUUAAACUCCUGUUAUCCAGACCAUAUACAUAUUAUAGUAUAAUUACACAAUGGAGACUAUAGUUUCUACGGAGGAGAAUACGUCUUCAGACUUGGAAGAAGAAUUUAAAAUUCCAAGGCCAACUACAAAUAUCCGUAGCAACAAUGAAGAUAUAGCUGCACGGUCUGUUUCGACAUCCGCACAAAUUCACGAGCUAGAAGAAAAAAUGAGGCGUAAAUUGCAAUUUUUCUUCAUGAAUCCCAUAGAGAAAUGGCGAGCGAAGCGUAAAUUCCCUUACAAAUUCGUCGUGCAAGUAAUUAAAAUAGUUUUGGUAACGCUCCAAUUAUGUUUGUUUGCACAUAACAGGUACAAUCACGUCAAUUAUACUUGGGAUAACCGUAUCAGUUUCUCACACCUAUUUUUACUUGGAUGGGAUUCAACUCGCGAAAUUAAUGCUUAUCCUCCCGGAGCAGGGCCACUAGCUGUGUACAAAUUAGAUGAAUUCUAUGAUACAUUGGACUAUGCAUUCAACGGCUAUGCUAAUUUAUCCAAUGCCAUUGGCCCUUAUUCAUAUGAUAAUGAAGAUAACAACAUGACUGACCCUGUCUUCUGUGUAUACAAUUAUAAAAAAGGCAUUAUCAAUGGAUUCAAUGAAAGUUACGAGUUCAAUUCGGAAAUUGUUUCUAAUUGUGUAAAUUUUACCAGACCUGUGGGGGAGUUAUUUACAUCAAAAAAACAUAUAGAAGCAGCUGGAAUGAGCAUUAACUUUGCAGCACUAGUUCGAGCGGAACUGAUGUUUUCUAUAAAAACAAUAAAUUUUCGUGCUGCAGGACCCAUCACGCCACCAGAUUGCUAUCGGUUUGAUGUAGCAAUUGUCUUUGACAAUGUGGAUCACGAUGGGCAAAUGUCAUUGACUCUAGAGGCUGAACCGUUUAAGCUGAUAUGUAAGGGAGAUCAAGCUUACAUCACAGAUAACCAAAUUGACCAGAUACUAAGAAGUAUUUUGAACAUUUUUGUAAUACUCAUUUGUAGUGCAUCACUUCUUCUAUGCAGUCGGGCCAUUUACAGAGCGCAACUUUUGAAAGAACUAACUGUACAAUUCUUUUUACGAACAUACAAUAAGCAGUUAAGUUUAGAUGGUCGGUUGGAGUUUCUCAAUAUAUGGUACAUUAUGAUUAUUGUUAAUGACAUUCUUAUAAUCAUGGGCUCAGCGAUAAAGGAGCAAAUAGAAAGAAACCAGUUCACCAACGAUCAAUGGAAUGUUUGCUCGCUCUUCUUAGGGACUGGUAAUUUACUGGUUUGGUUUGGAGUGUUGAGAUAUUUAGGUUUCUUCAAAACAUACAAUGUGGUCAUACUAACUCUCAAAAAGGCCGCUCCAAAAAUAUUCAGAUUUUCUUGUUGCGCUCUACUGUUGUAUGCUGGAUUUAUGUUCUGUGGCUGGUUAAUAUUGGGACCAUAUCACAUGAAAUUUAGAUCACUAGCAACAACGUCGGAAUGUUUAUUUUCGUUAAUAAAUGGUGAUGACAUGUUUGCUACAUUCUCCAUCAUGUCGAAGAAAUCACCAAUGUUAUGGUGGUUCAGCCGUGUAUAUUUGUAUUCGUUCAUAAGUUUGUACAUAUAUGUUGUACUCAGUUUAUUUAUAUCUGUUAUCAUGGAUGCGUAUGACACAAUAAAGCAAUAUUACAAAGAGGGAUUCCCGAAGAGCGACUUGCAGCAAUUUAUAGGCGAAGCUAGUAUUGAAGAGGUAUCGUCUGGUCUUUAUAGGACUCACAGUUCAUCGUCCUUAAAUGCUUUCAUGAACUCAUUGUUUUGUUGUAAUGUGUACAGAAGUGCGUACUCGAAAAUAGGUGGCAACUCAACCCUUAAUAUAUUAUAGGCUCUGUAAUUUAAAAUUAGUUUUAAGUUAUUUGGUAGCUUUUGUAAAUACAUACUAAAUAGUAUGGAUGUAUAUUGUUGUCACCAAUAAGAAAUAAUUGUUAUUGAAAUUAAUCAUGUUAUGAUAAUUAACCACCGAGGAUUCCAAUGUAUGAUAGGUGGAUGUUGUUUUUAAUGUAAUGAUAUUUUUUUGUUGUCGCAUAAACGCAUGAUGGACGUAAUUUUCCAUUUCAACAAUAUUUUGUAUUGUAAACUGCAAUUAAGAUUACGUAUUGUAUCGAUCCUUGAAAUAUACUCAAUAAAGCAUGUGCAUAGCAAUUACUUUA